AUGGCAGACGGGGGAGGCCGGCCGUGGCGGUCGCAGCCGGCGGGGCUGGGCGCGGGCGAGGCGGAGGCGGAGGGUGAGGGGGAGGGGCAGCUGUCGGCCGCCGCCGGGGCCGUGGACGCGCUGCUGUCGCACUCGCAGCCCGCGCACGCCGACGACCUGCUGCUCGCCUCGCAGAUGUCCUCGCCGAGCACGCAGCCGAGCGUGGAGGCGUGGCUGGUGCGGCGCAUGACGCGCGUGCGCGUGCGCGCGGGGGCGGUGGAGGGGGGCGCGGGGGCGGGGGUGGGGGCGGGGGCGGGGCGCGUGCUGGCCGCGGUGGCGGAGGCGGCGCACGCGCUCUCGUACCGCACGCGGCUGCUGCACGACAACCUGAUGGCGAUCGAGUGUGACUCGGAAGUGAAGAUGCGCGCGUGGGUGUCGCGCGGGGGCGGGGGCGCCGCGGGGGGCGGGGGCGCGCUGCUCGAGUUCCGGCGGUCGCGCGGCUGCGGGCUCGAGUUCAAGCGGCGCUACCUGCAGCUGCGGCAGCGGCUGCGGCACGUGCUGGAGGAGGAGAACUGA